AUGACCGGGCGAGCGCCUCCACCGCCCGGUCCUCCUCCAGGUCCACCACCACGUCCACCGCCGAGACCACCGCCGUCGCAACCUCCACAAUCGCCGCCAGCCCAACCGCCAGCCCAACCGCCAGCCGCACCCGCAGAGCCAAAGACCUACCUUCCUUCUAGUCAAAAUGGCGCCGAGGAAUACCGUCUUAAAGCAGCAGAUUUGGCACAGUCUAAAGAUGCAAGUUGCUCCAGCAACGGUGAAGCUCGAAACAUUUCGAGCAUUGGGACUGAUGUAGCAGCAACGCCAACGGCUGACGACAAACGAAGUUUUGCACUCGAACGCACGUCCCUGCUCCAGCAGCUCGAAAUCGACCGUAUCCUCAGCGCAUUUCGUCUGAACCCGUACGAUGUGCUUGAGGUGCCGCUGGAGGCAGAUGACAAGGAGAUCAACAAAAUAUACCGGAAAAAGUCUCUGCUCAUCCAUCCAGACAAGGUCAAGCACGAGAGGGCCGUCGAAGCUUUCGAUCUGCUCAAAAAGGCAUCCUCACAUCUGCUCGAUGAGGAUAAACGCAAGUUGCUGGACGAAACUGUAAUGGAUGCCAGGCUCAUGGUGCUCAAGCAGCUCAACCUGCCCUUUGCUACCGCUUACGAUGAUCCGCGGCUCGCCAUCCUCCGUCCAAGCUGGGACGAACGUGUACGUAGUGCGACCAAGGAACUCAUGGUAGACGACGAGCUGCGUCGAAGGAAAGCCAUCCGAGUACAGCAUCAGGCAGAGGGUGAAGCGCAGAGGAAAAAAGAACAGGCAGUCGAAGAGAGGAAACGUAAAGCGGAACAUGAUGCUGUUUGGGAACAGACCCGCGAUCAUCGCGUUGCUGACUGGAGGGCGUUUCAAAAGGGUAACAAGAAGAAGAAAAAGUCUGAUACCAAUGUCCUUGGUUGA